AUGUCAUUCAUCAAGAGAAAUACAGUACUAUCUUCGAGACCUGGGAGAGCCAUCCCAGGGGCAAAGCAACCAGAUGCCGAGAAUCAACCACCACCGCCGGGUGUGAGACCGUCGCCGCUGGACGGUCGACCAACAACGUCUACCGGAACCGCAUCGCUAGAUCAACUCCUUGCUGGUCACAGUGGGUUACCACUAGGAACCUGUCUUUUGGUGGAAGAACAAGGGACGACAGACUUUUCAGGUAUCCUACUCAGAUAUUAUGCUGCCGAAGGCCUCGUCCAAGGGCACCAAGUACACCUCGUCGGCUACCCACCACAAUGGAGGAGGAACCUCCCGGGCCUAGCCGAACCUGACAAGAAAUCAAAGUCAGAACAGCCACCACCGGCGCAAGAGGAAAAGAUGAAGAUUGCAUGGAGAUACGAAGCUCUUGGGAACUCAGCAGCGUCAGGAAAUACCCCACGAGGAGAUGCCAACCAGCCCACUUUCUGCCACUCGUUCGAUCUCGCCAAGCGCCUCGAGCCAGCUGUUUGCAAAGGGUCACUCAAUCCAACACCGAGCACUGGGCCACCUUUGUUUGAUGCCAGACCUCAGCCAACGAGUAUAUCUCCUCUAAAAGCCAUCAUCAGACACCUGCAGACGAAGCUCGAAACCUCGCCCUCAAGCGAUAUUCACCGUGUGGUUAUCCCCAGUCUUUUGCUGCCAGAGCUUUACGCACCACAAUGCAGUCUUCCAUCCGAAGUGCUGCAAUUCUUGCAUGCUCUAAGGGCGUUACUACGAAGGUACAGCACCCAGCUGACGGCGAUUAUCACUCUACAAACAUCGCUGUACCCAAGGAGUUCAGGGUUGGUUAGGUGGAUGGAGUUGCUGUGUGAUGGAGUGCUUGAGUUGAUUCCUCUACCGGCUACGCCUGGGGCAGCUCCUCCGUCAAGCUCAUCUGAGAAGACAGAACAGGCACAGGGGCUGCUGAAGGCACAUACGCUACCGAUCUAUCAUGAGAAGGGAGGUGGUGGAGCCGAGACGAGUUCGUUUAGGGAGACUCUUUCGUUUAGCUUGAGUGCGACAAAGGGUCUUAAUAUCAAGCCUUAUAGCUUGCCGCCUAUGGAGGAGGAGGAGAACAAGGAGAAGUCACCUGCUGGUACGAUCAGGGAUGGGAUUGACUUCUAG